GACGAAUAUGGAAACAGAGGCUAUCUUUAACCCCACCAAAAAUCCCCAUAGCAUCCCUAUACCCACCUCCCCAUGCGAACCAUUGCCAUCCCAAGUUAGAAUUUUACUAAUAAUUGUUCCCCAAGACUGCAGUUGUUUUUGUUGCAGUUUUUGUUUUACGAAGAAAAGGGUAGAGAAGAGACUCGCAGCACAAGAAGAGACACCCAGAGUUCCAUCUUUUGCCUAACAUGGAUAGUGAUUCAAGGGAUGCUUGGUAUGCGUUCUCCAAUGUGCAGAAACUGGAUGACGAGCUUCAUGAAAUUGUCGUCCAUCCUCAGGAAGAACCGCAAGCAGGGGAUAGCGCGGUUAUGGAACAGCCUAACAUGGAAAGUGUGGAAAGUGAUUCAGGUGAUAGCGCGGUUAUGGAACAGCCUAACAUGGAAAGUGAUUCAGGGGAUGCUUGGGAUGCUGAGCUUCAAGAAAUUGGCGACCUUCCCCUGGAUAAUCCUGAAAUAGGUUUUAUUUAAUUCAUAGUUUAUUUAUCAUCCCCCUAAGCAAUAAUUAUUGGAUAAUAAUUAAUUAGUAUAUUA